GCGCUGUCAGCUGGCUCAUUGGCGGGGCGGCGGGAGCCUGAUUGGCUCGUCCCGGCGUCGCCGGCUUCCAGGUUGGCGUUCCUCCUCCCGCAGCCCAGGUAAAGCCUUCCCGCACCGCUCCGGCUCCCGGCCGCACCUGGCUCCCGAGGAUUAGCUCACCAGCUCACGCUUCUGGGUUGCGUGUUUUUUUUUUUUUAAUUAUUUUUUCUUUUUCGCCCCCUCCCCCCCGUCGCUAUCUUUUUUUCAGAUCUUGUUUUUGCUCUCGGGGCAGCGGGGCGCGGGGAGCUAGCGGGGCGCGCGGGAGGAAUGAGCAGCGGCGGGCUGGUGCUGCGCUCCCCGCUGCCCGACGAGAGCUCCGCGUUCGCGCCCCUGAAGCCCGUCGCCAUGUCGGGGGAGUCCGGCGAGGACGCCUCGGUCUUUGAGGACAUCAAGCCGGCCGGCCGGAGCCUGGAAAGCCAGCCCGACUUGGCGCAGCUUCACCCCAUGAGGAUGGAACAGCGAAUGCCGCUCAUUCUAGAGGAACCUGGGGCUGCUCAGGAUCAGGAGAAGUGGAUUUAUCAGGCUUCACUGGAAUGGCAGGAAGGAGACGUUGCUGUGCAGGCACGGUCUGAAAUGGAUAAGUAUCUUUCAAACCAGGUGCCACCCAUUUCAAUGAUACCAGACAAGAAAUACCGCCGGGAGAGUGCCUCAGUGGUGGAUGAGUUCUUCUCAACAGAGAAGCCAACUUCUACACCGUACAGUGUGAACAUCAAUGUGAUUCUGCCAGACACGACACACCUGCGCACUGGACUUUACAGGCCACCCAAACCUAUGACGCCAUUCCCCCAGAUCAAAACAGAGCCUGGCACGAGUUUUGCCCAGCCCUGCUCUUCCACCUCUGGCUCCACACAGACCCUGCCUGAUUUCACCAGCGUCUUCAGCAUGCCCCAGUCAGUGGCAGUGAACAACAUCUUCAUCAAGCAGGAGAUGCCCUCCGACAUCCCCUUAUCUACCAGCCCACAGCAAGCCCAGCUUUAUCAGAUGCCUCUUGGCAAUGGAAGCGCCGACAUUACCACUAUGACACCGUCCUCCAACAGCACCACAGCCAUCAACUCUCUCAGCGGUGUCACCAUGUCCACAGGUAACGCCAUGUCCAGUGUGCUCCACAGACCUGUUCAGCCAGGAGGGCCAGUUAAGCAGUACCCGCAUGUGUCCCAAGGACAGGGAAACUUCAACAUCACAGGGCAGUUUUACCCUGUUCCAGGAGUGAGCCUGCCCCCCUCGCCCCCCAACUCACAGCCUGGCAGUCCAGAAAAUCAACCAGAGCUCAUCAACACCAUCUCUCCCCCACCAUCCUAUGAAGCCACUUUUGGACUGAAGCUGGUCCAGUCAUCCCAGGUCCCCCCAAUCCCCAAUGGCCUUGGGACCCUCUCCCAAGGGCACAUUAUCAUGCAGCCCCCCAAAUACAACAGACGCAACAACCCUGAGCUGGAGAAAAGGAGGAUCCAUCACUGCGAUUACCCAGGUUGCACAAAAGUUUAUACCAAGAGCUCCCAUCUCAAGGCACAUCAAAGGACUCACACAGGGGAGAAGCCCUACAAGUGCACAUGGGAAGGCUGUGACUGGCGCUUCGCCCGCUCUGACGAGCUGACCCGGCACUACCGGAAGCACACAGGUGCCAAACCCUUCAAGUGCUUAGCCUGCGGCCGGUGCUUCUCCCGCUCAGACCAUCUGGCUCUCCACAUGAAGCGGCACCAGAAUUAGGAGCUGCCUCAUUCACCACCUCUCCUCUAGGAGCAGCUGGAACACUUUCUUUUCUGAGCGACCUCUCCUCUUCUUGUACAUAGGAACAAAACCAUGCUGUGAUCAACCAGCAGGGCAGGGGCAGUGGGCAUGCCCCCUCCACAAGCCCUGUCCCCAUUAUUUCUCGUUUUAAAAACAUAUUCAUUAAAAAAGAAUAAUAAUUACAGACUGAUCUUGUGACAAGCCUCCCUGCAGCACUAGGUAGAUGGGCCCUGGAUUUCAAAGUGCUUUCUUCCAGCAAAUCUGCUAUUUAUUUGUCACUCAGGAGCAACUGUCAUUCAUGUCUCAAGCUCUUUGGGAUGUUUUUUCCCUUUUCAGGGCAGUGUUUUUGGUGAGGACAGGGAGGGUUGUGACAGGUUGUUAGACUGGCUAUGCAUGAGAGGUCUCACUUCAAGCUGUCAGUGCAAUCCUCUUGGACUGGUCCAUGGCAUGGCCAUGGAUGUGGCACCUGUGACAUUUGUUAACAAGAUCACAUGCCCAGCGCUGUUUGGGUUGACAGUCCCAAUCUCUGUGGGGGCACAGAAGAAUGGGCGUAUGAAAUACCCACCUGACACGCCUUCAGUCAAGGGACGGCACAAAAGCAGAUGACAAAAGCCAUCAUCUAAGUCCCGUUGAUUCCACCUGUGGUUUUCUGGCAGCCAGCUCACUGGGGGCUGUGAAUAUCUGCCCUACUUGGCCAGGUUUUCCGGUUGUGUCCUUAGCAUUUCUGCUUCCAAGAUGAAUUUUGACUUCAGGUGUCUCUGGGAGGACCAGGGUGGUUUUGGAGCCAAGCAGGAGACUGCAAAAACCCACCUAUAAAGCUCUGGUUUCCCAGAAUGCAAUGUGCCUUUCUCCAAAACGCACUGUGUAGGUUCCGCUCAUGCCUUGAACACACACACACACACAAGGAACCAGUCAUUGCCAAUCACAUUGGUCUUUUGCUGUUGUUGUUCCACCACGUUCAGACAGAAAGGAGACAAAAAAAAGCAUCUUCAAAACAAAUUCUGAUAAAUCCUGCUGUUCAGACUGUAAUCGUGUUACCUACCUCACAGGUUCACAGCCUUGGGCUCUGUAAAGCACCUUCCCUCAUCUUCCUUAUGGUGCCGUGAUGCAUGGGGCACAUCAUCUAUUCUUCAAAGCCUACCAGGGGUUAAACUUAGCAGAACAAGAACUAGGCCAUGCCAAUUUAAACAGCAGCAGUGUAGGUAAUAAAUAAAUCAGGAACAAAUAAUGGGCCUGGUGUGUUCAACAGAAUAUUGAUUUUUUCCCCCUUCUCUUUUAUUCUUCCUUGAACAAAUGUAAGUAACAUUCAGACUGUGACGAGUGUUUGCAAAAUGAACUGAAAGGCCUCACUGAACCACGGCAUCUUCAGGCAGUGGAAAUUCAAAGGGCUCCAGCCCCCCACCCCCUCCACUAUUGCCUAACUGUACAUUAGCUGAAAACUCCGGCAACGUUCCUGAUCGCCCUUUGCCUUGGAUGAAUAAAACUGAUCACACCUGCAGCGAACGCAGCCAGUCUGGCAUGACAAGACCGGAGGGAAGAGCAGAAUUUGGGAUGUGUGCGUGCAUUACAGGCUUUGGGAUUACACGCCUGGUACUGGAGGUGCAGAGCUGUGGUGAGAUGCCCAUGGGGCCUGUUGUGUUGUGCAAGAGCCGAGCUGUUCUCCGUGAAGCGUUGUUUAAUCUUCCUGCCUACCUAAUCCAUGUGGAGGGGGAGAGGAGGGGUGAACUAAGGCCAUGAUUCAGACCCCAGCUACACUGAAUUCCUGGAAUCUGACUUGAGUGACUUCCCAUGGCAGUGCCUGGAAAAGGUUUUCCAGACCUCAGUUCUGAGGCCAUGACCAGCUCUUAAGUUCAUGCCUUGGCAUGCUGAGCUCUGCUCCUUUCUUGGUCUCAGAGCUUCAGGCUUUCUUGCUUGGUUGAGUGCCCGUCUGACUGGCUGGGAAACUCUGGUGCCCUUGACCUUCCACGGGGUUUGAUGCCAGCACCCUCUUGAUGCUGAUUAAUAGCAGCCAUAUUUAGACAUGGACUGGAGAGUCUGGCUCAUAAAUGAGAUUCUCCUAAGUGUAACCACAACAGACAAGGCCUGACCCCAUGCAUGAAGCUUUGGAUGUCCCCCACGUCCUUUCUCCAGCUCUUCUUUUAUCAUCACAUGCCUGCACAGCUCCCUGGGGGUCAGCAGGUGCCCUGUGCCCUGUGCACUGUAACAAAUGCGGUCUUUUGCCGUGUACCUUGUCGACUGGCGGGGCUGGGGGUCCUUGUGUGCCCUGGGGACUCAAUCCCCUUCAGGGCACAGAGCAAGGCCUUCCUGUGCUGCUGCUGUAAACUGGGCUCCUUCUUUCUCCUACCUCAUCUCUGAGGUCAGGCUAAUCCUAACAAAUGGGUAAGCCAUCUAGUGCCAUCUCCCCGCUAAAUGCAGAGUGGGUUUUAAGUGAUGCAUGGCCUGAAGCCCUUACGCUGCAUGCAGAUGCUGCCAGUUUUGCCUUAGUAAGGCACUUGCCUCUGUUUAGAGGCCGUAACCCACAGAGCAGAGUCUAGAGAGGGUCAGGGCAGACAGGGAGAGUGUCUUAUGGAAGAAAAUCCCUUUCAAGAGUGGUGGCUGUUCUGAGCGUAUGUGCAUGCGGCGCAGACACACACGCACACACACACACGCGUGCACACACACACACGCGUACACACACACACACACACACACACACACACACACACACACACUCCCCUUUCUUUCUCAGGUAGGCUUAGCUCACAUCGUAGGAAUUUCAGGGUAACACUGCAGAUGCCUCAGCCAGGUGCAGCCAGUGUCUCCAGGAAGUUCAGGCUGGUUCAGUGGUGUUGGUGGGAACCCAGAGCAGCCGUGCCGGGACCUGCUGGGCCCCACCCAGGCAUCGCUGGCGCACGCUCAGCCACUCUGCGGGUGCAGCGUGUUGCAAAUGUGAGCCUCUGCUCACCAAGCGUGGGGCACCAGAAUCUGCUCCGUCCCCUAUGGGAGCUGUAUCACGGUGAGCCGUAUGGGUAGAGCGGUCCCCGCGUUCCUGCAAAAUACAGCCUUAGGGCAGGAAGAGGUUGUCAGCUGGUGCCUCUUGCACUCACCUGCACCUGGAGUGGCUGAAUGUCCUGACGCUGUGAGCUGGAGACCAAAAGCCAAGGGCCACAAGCUGUGUCCCAUGUUCCUUGGCGAGGCGUGAGGAGGGACUGCUCAAGGAGCACUUUGUGGCUGGGAGAUGUGGCUCCUGGGAGGCUCAGCCGUAGCCUCCUUUGCUCACCCGCACCCAGGGUGCCACUCCAGCCUUCCCGCCAGGCUUUGGGCAAACGGUCGACACAGUCACCACAUGUGCCAUUGGGCCAGUUGUGGGGUUAUCCCACGCCCUUGGCCCUGUCAGAGGGGCCUUGUCUUCCCCCCCCGCCAUAGCUCUUCUCCCUUAUGCUAUUUUUCUUCUCCUGUGCUGCGGUGUGCUGACAAGGUCCACAGCCUGGGCACAGCCUGUUCACUAAAGUACAGUAAAAUCCCCCAAACCCAACAGGCAGCUUUAAAUCUGUUUCUUAGGGGAAUUUUGAAUAAUUUUCCUAAUGCUUUUUUCCCCAUAGAAAAAAUGUACCUGCUCAUCGUCACCUCGACACCUAUAUAUAUAUAGUAUGUAUAUUUGCAUUUGAAAUUAUUUGCGGGGGGAGAAGUGUCUUAAAAAACACUCCAAUCCAGUACUGCUUCCCAUACGUCACUUCUGGUCUGCAUACAAAAUGCCGACAUGCAAAUGUUUUACUAGCUCAAAGGCAGCGCUCCAAAGAAAAUGUUUGAAACAAAACCACAGGCCUUAGCUUUUUUUUCUUUUUUCCCCCUUUAUUUUUUUGUGUCCACAGGAAAUGGACAGCUUCUAUCACUGCAUUUCACCGAUGUUUUCAAUGGUCAAGUGCAGCUAUUUGCUCCUGAGCCCCGUAAGACAACUGGGGGAGAUGAGGAGUGAUGCUGACAGGGCAAAGCCCCUCUGUCCUUUGGGAGACAGCUCAGAGCCAAAGACAUAGGUAGGGAUGUGCUAACCACAGCGGAACGAAGGUCCGUCUAUCUCCUGUCCUCAUUUGUGGGCCUUUAGGUGCCAGGGCCAUUGGAGAAGGUUUGCAAGCACACUAGAAGACUUGUCCUUGGCGGGCGCACUGCAAGGUCUCCUGUGCUUUGUGCAGAACAAACGGGGGUGACUUACCCGACCUUUCGUCAGCAGGGAGAGACGGGAGACGGUCUCGUUGUCUCUGCUGAGCCUGUAUCAUAGCAGAGGAAUCUGUGUAAAUAGGAAAGCAUUGUAUCGCUUAUCCGGUUUGUAUGUGGAUUGAAAGUGAUUGUUUAUUGUCUAAGACAAAUACAACGUGAAAAAAAUUGGGACAUGGAAAACUUGGGUGGAAGGUUUAUUUUCUGGUGAUGUUUUUGUUUGUUACAUAACCCCUCCCCACAAAGCUCCCUUACGAUUAUUAAUCUAUCUAAUAUUUUGUAAUAAAAUUUUAUUACAUGGA